AUGUAUUUAUGGAAAAAGAAAAAUUGGACGUAAUAGUAGAAUACUGUAAUGCUGCAAUGGAUUCCUCAGCUGAAAACAGUAUGUACGUAAACAAAUUGUGGGUUCAGUGUGAGUAUGAAAGCUGUUUGAAGUGGAGAUUGUUGUCAAGUGAGGAUGCAGCCAGAGUUGAUCACAAUAAACCAUGGUACUGCUUCAUGAACACUGAUUCAAGAUACAAUAAGUGCUCUGUUGCUGAAGAAGACUUUCCUGAAGAGUCUCAGCUUCAUCAAAGUGGAUUUAAGAUUGUCUAUUCACAACUCCCUCUUGGAAGUCUGGUUUUGGUAAAAUUACAGAGUUGGCCAAGCUGGCCAGGGAUACUUUGCCCAGAUCCUUUUAAAGGGAAAUAUGUGACCUAUGACCUGGAUGGAAAUGUUGAACAGUAUCACAUAGAAUUCCUGGGUGAUCCCCAUUCAAGAUCAUGGAUAAAUGCAACAUUUGUUGGACAUUAUAGUAUCACAUUAAAGCUAGGAACAUGUACGAAGAAAAAGAAAUGGUAUAAAAGUGCACUACAAGAAGCAUACCUUCUCUAUGGACAUUCUCACGAGCGAAGACUGGAAGUGUGCCGCCUAUCCAAACAGGAUAAAUCCAAAGCAGAUGGCAAAGUUGCUGUGGUAGCCAAGAAAAGGAUGCAAGUUUCCAGAAACACUACUAAACCAAAAUUUAGAAGAAGGAUAAGGAAACCUAUUUUAAAAUACUCUUUCGAAAAUGUUUGUUCAGAUGACGCCAUGUCAAAGGAAAAUGUGGUUGUCUCUGAGACAGAAGUUUUACUAAAAGAGCUGGAGCAAAUGCUACAGCAGGCACUAGAGCCCACAGGAGCACCCGAUGAGUCUGAAGAGGAGCGUGGAGAAGAAGUGAAUACAGGAGAAAAGUUAUCUGAAUGCAGCCCUGAAGUUCCUGCAGGCGGUCCAUUUGAAAACCACUAUGAAGAAGACUGUCUUGUAAUUGAUGGGAUAAAAUUAAAAGCUGGAGAAUGUAUUGACAAUAUAACUAACAAGUUUAAAGAAAUAGAUGCUCUAAUGUCUGAAUUUUAAGGUAUUAUUGAUAUUUUCAAAAGUUAAUUAUAAAAAGUUACGUGUUUAUAUUUUUCCAAAGUCAAAAACUUGAAAACAUGGAGGGAGAUAGGUAUAUGUUAUACCAAAGCUGCUAUUUGUAACAACUUCCUGUUUUAUGCUUUUAGAAUAUCCAUUGUUUUGAGAGCCAAUCAAAUGGUCUUCAAGUUAGUGUUAAGAUUUAGGAUUUAAAAAAACAAUUUAGCAUUUAAGAAACCCUGAUAUUUGUAUUUGUAGAUUUUUUUUUCUUGUUUGCCUUAAUUUUAAAAUGGUUUAUGAAACUUACUGUGCAAACACGUGCUUUACAAUGAUUAUUUAGGCCCUUUAUUCAAAUGUGGCUAUUUAGAUGGCUGUCAAGGCUAUUAUAAUUCUUCCAUAUAAUUCAAGCGUAGUAGAGAUUGAGUAUGUGUAUUGGUAGUGGAAUUAAGCUACUAUAAAAUAAAAGGAAAUAAUAAAAAAAAU